UGGACUCAACUACUCCCUCCUCUCUAGAUUUCAUUUCCAAUACAAUACCAUUUCUGUUUCCAUUUAAAUUUCAAAUCCCAAACAAUUUGGCUCCAAACAAAGCAUUAAAAUAAUUUAUUUAUUUUCAUUCUGAUAUAAAAGAGUGGACUCGCCAAAAGUUCUUUUUCUCUACCAGCCUUUCACCGUCGUCUCCUGCUUUUCCAGACUUUCUAUCAGCUUGGUUAGGGUUUCGAAAUUCUUCAUGGAAUCAAGUGAAGAGGAGAUGAAUAUAUACUUGAAGGUCAUAAAAACAAUUCCUUUGAAUGUCAAGAGAAUGAUGACGAUUAAAAAUGUAAAAGCAACGUUCCGUAGUAAGGAGGGCAUCUCAGAAAAUCUUCAGGAGCUUUUCUUGAAGGGUGAGCGGCUUCAGGAUGACAAGAAGCUAUUUGAUUAUGGUAUUAAGAGGAACUCCACUCUCCAUCUUGUUCUCCAAGCCUCGGGUGCAAUAAAACUACUUAUCAACAUACCAUCACAUAAGAAAACCGUUGAGGUUGAAGCAAAGCCGAAGGAUACCAUCCAAAACAUCAAAUUAUUGAUUCAGGCCAAAGAGGGGAUCCAAUCAGAUAAGUACACCCUUAUCUAUUCUGGAAAGCUACUUGAAGAUAACAGGACUUUAGCCUCUCUUGAGAUACAGGAUGAAUCUACUCUCCAUUUGGUUUUUAAUCCUAGAGAUUUGUUGUCCAUUUCUGUGAAAAUGCCUUUUGGAGAAAUCAUGAAACCGGAAGUUAAGGUCUUAUACACUGUUCGUGAUGUCAAAGAUAUAAUUGGGAGCAUGUUACGUUUCCCAGUUGCUGAUUGGAAUCUGAUAUUUGCAGGAAUGCAGCUCGAGAAUUCAAAGACGUUGGCUUUUUAUAACAUCACGGAAGAAUGCAUCUUAGAAAUGUUGCCUCCUACAAUUCAGAUAUUUGUUAAGAAGUGGAGUGGUGAAACCAUCACUCUUGAUGUGGGACGACAGGACACUGUCAAAGAUGUGAAGGAAAAGCUUUUGAUCCAAUCAGAUAAGUACACUCUUAUCUAUUCUGGAAAGCUACUUGAAGAUAACAGGACUUUAGCUUCUCUCGAGAUACAGGAUGAAUCUACUCUCCAUUUGGUUAGAGAUUUGUUGUCCGUUUCUGUGAAAAUGCCUUCUGGAGAAAUCAUGAAACCGGAAGUUAAGGUCUUAUACACUGUUCGUGAUGUCAAAGAUAUAAUUGGGAGCAUGGUACGUUUCCCAGUUGCUGAUUGGAAUCUGAUAUUUGCAGGAAUGCAACUCGAGAAUUCAAAGACGUUGGCUUUUUAUAACAUCACAGAAGAAUGCAUCUUAGAAAUGUUGCCUCCUACAAUUCAGAUAUUUGUUAAGAACUGGAGUGGUGAAACCAUCACUCUUGAUGUGGGACGACAGGACACUGUCAAAGAUGUGAAGGAAAAGCUUUUUGACAAGCUCGGCCUGCCAGUUGAGGUCCAGAGUCUUGUUUUUGCUGGCAGAAGUCUCGAGAAUGACUGCGAGUUGGCUAGUUACAACAUCCAGAAGGACUCCACUCUUAAUAUAAGUUUUUGGCCUACUACAUUAGUCUACAAGGCAAAAUUAUCUGAAAUUGGAGAUUUUUCUACAGGUGUACUAGAUACCACUACUAUUGGUGAUCUGAAGGCUUUGGUCCGAGAGAAAGUGAAAAAACCAGUGAAGGAAGCAUUCCUCAGAGGAAAGGCACUGAAAGAUCAGGUUUCUCUGGCCGAUAAUGCCAUUGAAGAGGACACACAGCUGGUCUUUGCUUUGGAAGUGCGUUAAACCAUCUUAGUAUCUUCAUGAUAUGUUAUUAUUGCACUGAUUGUUAUAUCAUACAUAUACAUAUACACACACACACAUAUAUAUAUAUAUAUGAUAUAUAUUAUAUGCUACUAUUUCACUCUUUUGUCAUUACAAUUAUGUUUUUAUUCUGUAUGAAAAGUAUCAUUAUUUAGGGAAAAAAGGAAAAGGUGUCAUUGUAUGCUUUAUUUGUGGCCGUGUGUAUAAUUCUACUUUCGCGGAACAUUGGCUACACUAGUUUUGUAUUAUGGCUACGUUGUUAUGGCUACUCUAGUUGGGUCUCCUUCAUGGACCAUCGAAGCUCUCACUUGGGUCUUGUUUUGGUGUUAUUUUAGCUUGUCCUAUUUGGCGAUUUCAUAUAUGCAACUUUUUAAAAAAUAAUAUGAAAAUUGUGUACAAAAGGGUAA